AUGACAACACUCACAGAAGUCAAUCACAUCUCCAUUGUCGAAAUCAUUGUCUACACCCCUGCCCUAGUAAUAGCCUUAAUCCUCGCUACCCGCCAUGGCUUCAAGAGGGCAUCAGGCUGGCUCUACUUGAUACUCUUUUCCCUCAUCCGCAUCAUCGGCGCAGCCCUCGAUCUCGCCUCAACGCAAAAUCCCGGGGACGCAGGUCUCGUCUCUGGCACAAACGCCCUGAGGAACGCCGGCCUGUCGCCCCUGAUCCUCGUAAGCGUCGGCCUGCUGACCCGGGUGCUCGUGGGCCUGAAGAAGAGGACCGACACGAUACUGCAGCCGCGCAUGCUGCGCCUCAUACAACUUGUCGUCAUGGUCGGGCUCAUCCUCUCCGUCGUCGGCGGCAUCAAGUUUGGCAACGAGUUGAGCGAUGUCACAUCCAGGCAGCCCGCCGACGUCGCCGCCAUCCGGUCGCUGAGCACCCCGACAGAAUCCAUCACCGGGACCGCCCUUAUGAUAAUGGGCUACGUGGCCUUGGUGCUCGCCACCGCGGUGCUUUCCCUGCAGCUUCGGUCCGUUGACGGUGGUGAGCGACGUUUGAUCGGCGCGGUUGCUGCCACUUUGCCUUUUGUCCUCGUCCGGAUUAUAUAUGCCGCCAUCGCGACGUACAACACGUGGGAUCCGAGCUUCCACUGGUAUGUGGCUGGUCCUCAUUACUAUGCCUACAUGAUCGGCAUGUGUGUCGUUAUGGAAAUGUUCACCAUUGCCAUACUCGAGGCCGUCGGCUUGACGCUGCAGCCGCUGCCAGACGACGGGACAGCCCCCGAAAUAGCCACCGGGUACCAAAUGACGGGUUCUUCUCAUCAACAAAAACCGCCAGGAACACCGGAAUGGUCCAAAAAUGGCUUCAGUGCCUAA